UCAGCCUCACACACACUCAAACACACACACACACACACAAACACACACACACACACUUCUUCUGCUUCUCAUGGAAAAACGUUGUGCUCUCCGCGCUCAGACUCCAUCGGAGGAGAAACUUUUGGGAGUUUAAUUUAGAAGAAGGAGCCUCGGACAUGAAGUUUUCCGGAGGAGGAGCGGCGCUGCUGCUGCUGCUCCUCGGCCGCUGCUGCUGCACCAACCCCGGCAGGAUAGUGUGUCAGGGGAUGAGUAACCAGCUGACGCUGUUGGGGACUAGUGAAUAUCACUACGACAACAUGGUGAGGAUGUACUCCAACUGCUCCGUGGUCCUGGAGAACCUGGAGGUCACCUACACCCUGGAGCACCAGGACCUAUCCUUCCUCCAGUCCAUCCAGGAAGUCGGUGGGUACGUUCUGAUCGCCAUGAACAAGGCGGCAACCAUCCCGUUGGUCAACCUGAGGCUGAUCCGCGGACAGAACCUGUACGAGGGCCAGUUCGCUCUGCUGGUGAUGUCCAACUACAACAGGAACCACUCGUCUGUGACCCUGAACUACACCAGCGGGCUGAGACAGCUGCAGCUCAGCAGUCUGACAGAGAUCCUGAAAGGAGGGGUAAAGAUGACCCACAAUCCCUUGCUGUGUAACACCGAGACCAUCCAGUGGUGGGACAUCCUGGACAAAGCCAGCAAUCCCAACAUGCUUUUCAAGACGGCUGACUUUGCACGGGAUUGUGAGAAGUGUGAUCCCGGGUGUGUUAAUGGUUCGUGUUGGGCAGCAGGACCAGAUCACUGCCAGAGAUUCACAAAGUUGCAGUGUGCGGAGCAAUGCAGCAGAAGGUGUCGGGGUCCCAAACCCAUCGACUGUUGUAACGAACACUGUGCUGCAGGCUGCACCGGACCUCGAGCCACCGACUGCCUCGCCUGCACAGAUUUUAAUGAUGAUGGAACCUGUAAAGAUACAUGUCCUCCUCUGACCCUCUACGACCCCAAAACCCACCGGGUGGUCAACAACCCCAAUGUCAAGUUCACCUUUGGGGCGACCUGCGUCAAGGCCUGCCCGCAUAACUACGUGGUGACAGGUGGAUCAUGCGUUCGCACCUGCAACGCCGGGACGUAUGAGGUGGAGGAGAACGGAGUCCAACGCUGCAAGGCAUGUGACGGACCCUGUCCUAAAGCCUGCGAUGGAGUUGGGGUAGGCGCCUUGAUCAACACAAUGGCGGUCAACGCAUCGAACAUCGAGUCCUUUAGGAACUGCACUAAGAUCAACGGGGACGUCUCGCUCAUUGAGACCUCCUUCACUGGAGAUGCACACUACAAAAUUCCCCCGAUGGAUCCAGCUAAACUGGAGUACUUCAGGACAGUGAAGGAAAUCACAGGUUUCCUGCUUAUCCAGUCCUGGCCAGAGAAUCUGACGUCUCUGUCCGUGUUUGAGAACCUGCAGAUCAUCAGAGGAAGAACGACACGAGCUCAGCACAGUCUGGCGGUGGUGAGGGCGAGGAGCCUGCGCUGGCUGGGUCUGCGCUCUCUGAAGGAGGUGAGCGCCGGCCGGGUCAUGUUAAAGGAAAACUCUGAGCUGUGCUUCACCCGACCCGACCAGUGGACGCGCCUCUUCAGGUCCAAGGACCAGAUCGUCAGCAUGAAAAACAACGCCCCAGCUGACGUCUGCGAACAGCACAAUCAAACCUGUGACUCAGAGUGUACUGAUGACGGCUGCUGGGGUCCGGGCCCCACCAUGUGUGUCUCCUGUCGGCAUUUCAACCGCAGAGGGCGCUGUGUCACGCUCUGUAACCUGCUGCAGGGCGAGCCCAGAGAAGUGAAGGUGAACAGCAGCUGUGUGGAGUGUCACCCUGAGUGUCAGCUGCAGACGGGGUCCCCGACCUGCAGAGGAGCGGGUCCAGACAAGUGUUCGCAGUGUGCCCACUUCAAAGACGGUCCACACUGCGUGCCGCGCUGUCCUCAUGGCGUUCUGGGAGACGGAGACAUGCUGAUCUGGAAAUACCCCAACGGGACAGGACAGUGUCUAUCCUGCCACCAGAACUGCACCCAAGGGUGUUCGGGUCCCGGACUGUCCGGAUGCACUGGUGCUUCCACCCACUCCACGCUGGCGGUGGGCGUGGUCGGUGGGCUUUUAAUCGCUGUCAUCGUGUCAUUGGUUAUCUUUGUGUUGCUACGGCGACGACGAAUCCGGAGGAAGAGGACUUUGCGGCGCUUGCUGCAGGAGAGAGAGCUGGUGGAGCCGUUGACUCCGAGCGGUGAAGCUCCUAACCAGGCGUUGCUGAGGAUCUUAAAGGAAACAGAGUUCAAGAAAAUCAGGGUGCUUGGCUCCGGGGCCUUUGGGACCGUGUACAAGGGUCUUUGGAUCCCUGAAGGAGAGAAUGUGAGGAUCCCAGUUGCCAUCAAAGUUCUGCGAGAGGCCACAUCACAGAAAGCCAACAAAGAAAUCCUGGAUGAGGCGUACGUGAUGGCGAGCGUGGAUCACCCUCACGUGUGUCGUCUGCUGGGGAUCUGCCUCACGUCGUCUGUCCAGCUGGUGACUCAGCUGAUGCAGUACGGCUGCCUGCUGGACUACGUGCGUCACCACAGGGAGCACGUUGGGGCCCAGUGGCUGCUAAACUGGUGUGUCCAGAUCGCUAAGGGGAUGAACUAUCUGGAGGAGCGUCACCUGGUGCAUCGAGACCUGGCAGCGAGGAACGUCCUGGUGAAAACUCCAAACCACGUCAAGAUCACAGACUUCGGCCUCGCCAAGCUGCUGACAGCAGACGAGAAGGAAUAUCACGCUGACGGAGGAAAGGUUCCCAUUAAGUGGAUGGCGUUGGAGUCCAUCCUCCAGUGGACCUACACACAUCAGAGUGACGUCUGGAGCUACGGUGUGACCGUGUGGGAGCUGAUGACAUUCGGCUCCAAACCGUACGACGGCAUCUCGGCCAGUGAGAUCGCCUCUGUGCUGGAGAGAGGGGACCGUCUGCCCCAGCCCCCCGUCUGCACUAUAGACGUCUACAUGAUCAUGGUGAAAUGUUGGAUGAUUGAUCCGUCCAGCCGUCCAAGAUUCAGAGAGCUGAUAGCCGAGUUCUCCAAAAUGGCCAGAGACCCUUCUAGAUAUCUGGUCAUACAGGGUGACCUCCCCAGUCCGUCAGACAGCCGGUUUUACUCUCGCCUGCUGAGCUCAGACGACAUGGAGGACGUGGUCGACGCAGAGGAAUACCUGCUCCCUUACAAAGGGCUGAAUAACAAUGACAACCGCCCCUGCAACGCCACGAACGGUCGUCCGGUCAGAGAGAACAGCAUCGCUCUGCGUUACAUCACCGAUCCCACUCAAACCUCACUGGAUAAAGAAGACAGCGCCGGCCAUGAGUACAUGAACCAGAGUAUGAGUGAUACCAGCCGGAGCAGCAGGCUCUCUGAGGUUUUGAACCCCAACUACGAGGACCUGAGCAUGGGCUGGGGGGCCGCCUCGCUCCCCUCCCCUCAGGUGGACGCAAAGCCCUACUCCAGGGUCCCUGAGGUACCAGAGUACCUGAACACGGCUCAGAGCUCGCUCCCUCUGGCCACCAGCAACAGCCUCGACAACCCAGACUACCAGGCGGACUUCCUGCCUCAGGCCCUGUCCUCCACCACCAAUACCACCGCUUUAACGGGGAACAGUCUGUUCCUCCCAGCAGCAGAGAACCUGGAGUACCUGGGUCUGGGUAUGGCACUGCAUCCCCCUGUCCGCUAGGGGGCAGCAACAUCCAGAGGCUUUGAACUGAAACUUUGAGGCUCUGUCCAAACCAAAUGUCGAGACUUUAAUGAGACUUUAAUUGAGACUGCUGACAGUAUUUUAUUUAUGUUUUAUUGUGAAGUGUACCAGGAAAUGGGGACUGAGCAGCAGCGUCGUGACAGCCUUCAGUCACUGAAGGAGAGGAGAGGUUUUUCAAACUGUGAACUUUAAAUAGCUUCUUUUCACAUUUUUCACUUCACAAGGAAACAGAAGCACGAUGAUUACCGAACAGCAGAAGAUGUCAAGACAGAAUUUUCUGAACAAAGCACAGCAGGAAGAUCGUGACUUAAGUAGCUGGAUGGACGUUUGGACAAAAGCACUUCAAUCAUUUCCACUUAAUCAUCCACUUCAUCUUCUCUGUGAAUCCUUCCCUUUGCAUGCUUUUGUCUGUCGUCAUACAGUAAAAAAAUGGAAGCACAAUGAAAUCAAGUCAGAUCUGAGACUUUAAGAGCUCACACACUGAUGUUUGCUGACGAACAGAUUCUCCUUGAAUUAUCCAAAAAAGACAAACUGGGGAUUUAACCUUGAGAUUAGAAAUAUCUAACUAUGAGAUGACAUUAAAAGACACCAUAUGGUGGCGUAAUAAAGGCAUAAAAAACAAAAAUACAUCUUUAAAAAAGACCCCAUAUGUGUCUGGUAGCUCCUCUUUGAUCAUGACGUUUUCAUUAUAAAUACUACAACAGGAUCAUAUUCAGGCAUGACAUGAUAAAUCCUCCAUCCAUCAGGUUUCAGACACAGUGGCGCCCCCAUCUGUUCAUGUAAAAGCAGCUCAGGAACAAAAAGGAAAACUGAGUUGUAAUAGGAGAUGUUUUAAUUUGGAAAAAGGCCAAUUGUCUUGUAAUAGCAAGAUAUGUUUCAUGUUUAGUCCGUAACACUUUACUGGAGGACCCUUCAUCUACAAGCAACAUAUCCACAUUUAAAAAAGAGUGAACUCUUUAAUUUCAUUCUGAGCAGACAGAAGAGCCUUUACAGGUUUGUAGCUGUACACUGUUAGAACUUUUCCUGUGAAGAUGUUUUAUGUGCUACACUGAGAGUCUGUUUAUACAGCAGACACUUACAUGUGCAUGCAAUGAUGUUAUAAUUAGCUUAUUCUUAUUUGUUUUAGGACUGUAGCUGCUCAGUUGUGGGUCAUAAUGUAUGGAUAAUAUGCUUCCCAAUUAUUACAAUAUCAUUAUUUUGAACGUGUUAAAGCUUACUGAUUAAUGAAAAAGAGCAGAUGCAAGGCUGCACGGUGCCCGUUCUCAAAGACUCCUCAGUCUGUCAUUUAUCCGUGCGUUCAUAUCAUUCUGUAGACAUUUAUUUUCAGCUGUUUGAAGAGCUUUCAUGCACUAGACCAGAGGGUUUUUUUUUAUGGACUAACAGUAUUUGUACACUUUGGAAAAUAGUGCAAAAGAAACAACAUUAGUGUUCUCAUUUUGAUCAAAUACUGUUUGUUUUUGUGACAUAUUCCCGCUUGAACCAGACAAGAUGUUCUUCAAGGAGUCCAAUCACAAAAAAAAACUGUAAAAUCUCAUCCAAAAAGUAAUCGUUUGAUAUUGUUGUCCUUUGACUUGACAAAAACUCAGUUGAGCUAAAUGUCUUUUAUACAUUUGUAAAUGUUUAUACUGAAGUAUAAAAGGUCUUUUAUUUUUUAUUCUCCUUUUACUUGACCAAAAUGAGCCAAACUCUGACUUACUGUUACUGCACACUGACUCUCUCUACUGUUUAAGUUUGUCACUGCUGUUUGUGUAAAUGUCACUGAAGCUGAGAGGCUGGUUGAUGAUUCAUCCUCAGGACUGGUUGUUCAAUCUAGAUCUAGAUCACAGUGAUCCAAAAUUUGAAACAUUUCUGCUUUCAGGAGCGGCUAAUCCAUUCUACUUUUUGCCCCCAUGUUUCCCUAACUAACACUAUCAGCUCAACCUGAUCCAGAUACAGACUUGUCACCACUUCUGGAUUACUUUUAGGCUUCUCUCAAUGGGAUUUCUUUAUUUAUUCUUUUUCCAUGUACUUGUCAAAGUCAUGCAACAUCUUAGAGGAAAUAAAGCAGACGGGACUCACAGUCUGACGUCGAAAAAGGAUCACAAUGAGGAGGAAAGAUCAGUGAAGUCCUGAUGUUGAGUAAUUGAGCCUGAAGAUAUUGUCAACCUGAUUGCACUCAUCUUCCAUUAAAAAAGACACUGAGUCCAUUAUGUGUGGAAUGUUUGUGUUUUCUUGUGUAUAUAAUUUGAGCUUUAAAUGUUAUGAAAUGAUUUGUGAUAGACCAAUGAGAAAUCUUUGCUGUUAACAGGGUUAAGCCAAACUGCUCACAUGGCCUCCUUUUUGUGAAUAAAACAUCAAAGUUGUA